GGGGCACCUGCAAGGGCAGAGGCAAGGGAGGCUGAGCUGGGCCAGCCACGUCCCGGAGCGGUGUCAGCCUUUUUUUGGGAUGAGAAAGAGGAGGCGCUGUGGGGUGUUGGGCGUGGGCUCAGAGGGGUUGGGGUGGCGCUCGGGCCAGGCUGGUGGCAGGUGUGUGGCCUGAGUAGCUGAAGGAUGAGGUUCGAUGGCCUAAGAGGGAGAAGCGGGGGCAGCUUUGGGCUUUGGGUUUCUGCGGGUGUCGUUCUGAUGUCACCCCACGAGGAGCAGGCCUCUGUGAGAGCACGUUUGGGCCCCGAUGGGCUCUGCUCAGCUUUGUGCCGGUCUGUGAUCUCUGUCACACAGGGGAGGGGCCAGGAGAGGCAUGGCGAGCCCUCCACAGUGCCAGAGGGGACCUGCGUGGGGAAGCAGGCGGGGCGCCUGUGUCCAGAGACCCUGGGCUGUGCAGCUUCAAGGGGAAUUGUGCCCGAGGCGCCCUGGCUGUGCCUCCCCAGAACCCCCACGGACCAAGCAACGUGAGAGGGGAGUCCGUGCCCCCCUAGACCCCACCCCCUCCUGCGCACGCGGCGCACCUCGGGCUGCAGAGUCGUGAAUUCCAGGACACCCCGAGCUGCGUCCCUGGGACCUCAGGACCGGGCGAGGUGAAUCGUGCCGAUGGGCCGGGGGCGGCGCUCGGCCGCCGCGGCGGGUGCGGGGGGCGGCUCCGCGUGCGGAGUGGGCGCCCGGGAGCGCAGGCUCCGCCCCCCGCCCCCGCCGGAAGGGAAGGGGAGGCGGCGGCCGGCGAGGAGCCAGCCAGACCCAGCCGCGAGCGCAGCGGGGGCGGCGGGCCGCGGACCGGGCAGCACCGGGCGCUCGGAGCGGGCGCGCCGCCAACGCGGUCACGUGCGCGGCCCCUCCUCUCGCGCCGGCCUCCCCCGCGCCGCGCUCUCCAUUCAUAAAUUCUCCGCCUGUUCCGCGGCCACCGGGCGCCGGAGCCAGCCGGGAGCACCACGCAGCCGCCCGCCGCCCGCCCGCCGCCCAUGGGCCGCGCGUCCCGGCGCUGAGGGCCCUCCUCCCCAGUUCAGAAUGCAGCCCACAGCCACCAUGGUCACAGCCGCCACCACCACCACCACCACCACUGCCACAGUAGCCCUGACGACGUCGUGGGACAAUGCCACUGGACGCCCCACGGCAGAGCCAGACCCCAUCCUGGACAACUACGUGCUGCUGGUGGUGGUGAUGUCGCUGUUCGUGGGCGGCACGCUGGUGGUGUUGUCCGGCGUCCUGCUCCUCUGCAAGCGCUGCUGGGACGUCCACCAGCGCCUCAACAGGGCCAUGGAGGAAACGGAGAAGACCACCACCACCUACCUGGACAACGGCACCCGCCCGGCCCAAGACCCCGACUUCCGGGGGGAGGACCCCGAGUGCCAGGAUGCGGAGACCGAACGCUUCCUGUCCACCAGCUCCACGGGCCGCCGGGUCUCCUUCAAUGAGGCGGCGCUGUUCGAGCAGAGCCGCAAGACGCAGGACCAGGGCCGCCGAUACACACUGACGGAGGGGGACUUCCACCACCUGAAGAAUGCCCGGCUCACACACCUGCACCUGCCGCCCCUCAAGAUCGUCACCAUCCACGAGUGUGACUCAGGCGAGGCCAGCUCAGCCGCCACACCCCACCCGGCCACCUCUCCCAAGGCCACUCUGGCCAUCUUCCAGCCCCCGGGGAAGGCCCUCACGGGCCGCUCCGUGGGCCCCAGCUCCGCCCUGCCAGGUGACCCCUACAACUCAGCCGCGGGUGCCACUGACUUCGCGGAGAUCAGCCCCUCGGCAUCUAGCGACUCUGGGGAAGGCACCUCGCUGGAUGCCGGUACCAGGAGCACCAAGGCUGGAGUGCCCGGGGCUGCAGCAGGGCCUGGGGAGGUGGGCCCGGGAUCCGGGGCAGGUACCGUUCUGCAGUUCCUCACCCGCCUGCGCCGCCAUGCCAGCCUGGACGGGGCCAGCCCCUAUUUCAAGGUCAAGAAGUGGAAGCUGGAGCCCAGCCAGCGGGCAGCCAGUCUGGACACGAGAGGUUCCCCCAAGCGGCACCACUUCCAGCGGCAGCGGGCAGCCAGCGAGAGCACGGAGCAGGAGGAGGGGGGCGCCCCCCAGGAGGACUUCAUCCAGUACAUCGCCCGGGCCGGCGACGCCGUGGCCUUCCCGCAUCCCCGCCCCUUUCUGGCCAGCCCGCCCCCUGCUCUCGGCAGGUAUUUUUCAGUAGAUGGAGGUGCUAGGGGUGGACCUGUGGGCCCUUGCCCCGCUUCGCCCCCCUCUAGGCGGCCCAGGGAGCGCUCUCCAGGCCCCGUGGACACGCGCUCGCCCGCCUCCAGCGGCAAGGCCCCUCCCAGAGGCGGACUCACUGGGGCCACCUCUCCAGCAUGGACCAGAGGAGGGAAGCAGGGAGAGACUGGGUAAGGGUAGGGGGGUGGGUAGGGGGGUGGGUGGGGAGGGCCCCCCGAGGAUGGCACUGGUACUGCGGCUUGCUGGUGGAGUCCGAGGCCUGAACGGUUCUGCUGUGGUCCCAGGCCCUCUCCCACCCCCGCCCCGCCCCGCCCAUGCUCCCGAAGGCUGGGCAGACUCUUCUCAGAAGCUGCUGUGACCACUCUGGCCAGCAGCACCCCUCCCCCAACCCAAGGGCAACUUUCCUGAAGCCCAGGGCCCACAUCGGUGGGAUGGGAAUGGGGCGUGGGGCUGGGGCAGAGCAGGGUUCCUGGGGCAGCCCUGGUCUGGCGGGUGACCCUCACGUCUGUGCACUGUCCUCCUGCUGGUUAUCUAGCAUGGGUGGGCAGAGAGCCCUAUAGCCUGGAGCAGGGGCUGAGCUGGACUCAACCGCGUCCAGUCUAUCCCCUGCGGCUCCCACGUCCACUGGGAGGCUGGGAAAACGUGACUCCCGGGAAGAAGCAUGUUGACUUUUCCUGGGGGCUUCCAAGGGAGGGGGCCCCGCCGUCUGCAGUCCAGCAUGGAGGCACCCUGCUUAAGAAGCAGGCGCCACAGCUCAGGGUCAAUGCAAGACCCAUCCCCUGCAAAACACACUGGCCCAUUUUAAAGCUCUCUCCUUCCAAGGCCUGCCCGAGUCCCAAGUCCCACCCGUGCCCACCCUCCCUGAUCGAGAGGCGGGAUGGCCGGCCGGGUAGGGGGCGCGGGGCUCGGCAGGGCUCUGACGGCG